AUGAACGAAUCUGAGGUCCAGUCUCCUCUCUUUACUACGGAAGCAGCAGCAGCAGCCAUCAACAACACGCCUGUUGCCCCGAUUCCACUCUCUCUCCACAAUCAAGCGUCUUAUACUAUUGACCACCACUCUCCAGUAUCUCCUUUGCGACCGCAGUCCUGCUUCCUAUGUAGACGUCGCAAGGUCCGUUGCAAUAAAGAGUCCCCGUGUUCAACCUGUCGACGUGUUCAAGUUCCCUGCAUUUACCCCGUAGGACGGGCACCACGACGGACUCGAAUCAGGCGCCAUGGUGUUCAAUCGAUCGCAGAUAAUGAACUCGCUGUGAAAGUCAGCGUGUUGGAGCAGAUGAUUGAGAAACUUGGCGAUCGCAUUAAUGGCGAACCUACACUCAAGUCUGCCGCGUCAUCUACCCCAAGCCAUGCGGCAUCACAAACUCAAACCUGCACUCCCAAAGACUCACCAAGCCAUUCCUCGAGCCCCGAAACACUUUGUCAAGAGCUUGCGAGGGAUAAUCUUACGAGCGACCCAGGUCACUCGCUUCGAUCUUACGAGCUACAACACAAGCUUGGGCGAUUGGUGUUACAUGAAGAGACUGGUAGCAAGAGGUAUGUCUGCGAUGGCAUCUGGGCAAAACUGGAUGAGGAGUGGACCUCCAUUCGCGAGGCAUCACCCAACAACCCGGACGAUGCCUGCUCGAGCAACGGGGACGACAAUGUCACACUACGUGCCUCCUUCUCAGCCCAUAGCCCGUUCGUCUUUGGGCACCUCCCCUUCAACUCUAUUCCGGCCAUAUAUCACCCUGAGCCAGAUCAGGUUCUAUAUCUCUGGUCUAUCUACCAAGAGAAUGUCGAGCCGCUGCUCAAAGCAGUCCAUGUCCCAGCGAUGGAAAAGGUAUUUCACGAUGCAAAAACGAGAUUUAGCCAACUAUCCGCCGCAUACCAAGCAUUGAUACGAGCCAUCUAUUACGCCGCCGUCGUAUCCCUCGAUCCCAAAGACGUCCUCUCCAACCUUGGUCAGAGCAAGGACGAAGCCCUGGCUAGAUAUCGAUUUGCUACUGAGCAAGCCCUGUCGCGAGUAGACUUCCUCGUUACCUCAGACAUUACCGUCCUCCAAGCACUAUCCAUAUUCCUAGCUGUUGUGCGGCAUGAAGGCGAGUCUCGUCUUUGCUGGUCCUUGACGGGACUUGCUAUCCACCUGGCUCGUGGUAUGGGUCUCCAUCGUGACGGUUCCCAGCUGGCUCUCCGACCGUUCGAGAAAGAGCUACGAAGGCGUUUAUGGUGGGCACUUUUGCAAUUGGACAUUCGAUCUGCAGAGGAGCUCGGUACUGACCUAAUCGUGGGAAAAUCGACGUUUGAUACACAGAUGCCCUCGAAUCUGAACGAUAAAGACAUCAGCCCAGACCUAGUGGACUCACCCGCGCCGCGAGAAGGGCGCACUGAUACGACCCUGUUCUUAUUCCGGUGCGAGAUUUGCAAGCUUUCCCGACAGGUAAUCGAAGCCGUAUCUACAGUGGCGACGGUAGAAGAGCAAAAGACAAUGCUGCUUGAAGUCUACAAACGUGUAGAUGAAAAGUUCUUCAAGUGGAUAGAUAAGAGUGAUCCAUUAUACGAUAUGGCGGCGAUGAUUGCGCGUUCUCUUAGGGCCAAGAUCUAUUUUGUUAUCUACCAUCCUGCUCUUUUUCCAGCGACUGAUGUGCAGAGCCAGCUUUUUGACGAGGCAAGGCAAUGCGUCUACCGGGCCGCCGUCAACAUCCUCGAGUAUGACCAUAGGCUUCACGUGGAUCCAAAAGUCCAGCAAUACAGAUGGCUUUUCCAGACCUUUACCAACUGGCAUGCCAUAGCCUACUUUCUCAUCGAGAGCUGUCGGCGCCCGUGGACACCACUCGUUGAACGAGGAUGGCAGGCUGUCCGGGCCUACCAACAGCGCGAUCCUCGCUACCUCGAAACCCAGGCUUAUCAUUCAGUGGUUUUACCAGUGAAGAAGCUGUGGCUGAGAGCCAACAGACAUCGAGAUCGGGAGAUCGUACGUCUGAGAGAGGAUCUGGAGGAAGCUAAUCACCUUGAGCACACUGAACGCAUGGCUGCUAUCGUUUUGCCUUUUGGCGACCAGUUUGGUGGUGAUGACGAGAUGAUGGACCUCUUCAGAGCCAAGUGGAAUGCUCUCAUCAUGGGAGGCAAAAGUAAUACGCCUUUUUUAAAAGGGGUACAACCGCCCUGCCUAUCAUCGACAGUCCCAUCCAGUUCACCAACUUUGUCCGAUGAGUCUUCGAAACACCAAACUGACACGAACCCCGAGUUCUACAGAACUGCCAUGUCUCUUUCGGAUACAUCCGCAUGGCAACCUUCAGAAAAGCCGAUGGAUUUGUCAAUGUUCGGAGUAGGCAGUGGAUAUACUGGGUUGAAUGAUAACGAGAUGCAAGCACAAGGUGUUGGUACAGACUCGAUGCACGAUAGUCCUUCCAUGCACCAUAAAAAGCUCCCUUCCUGGUUGAACCUUUCCCUUACUGCGAAUGCAAGUGUUGAAAAGUUGGCCGCAGAUGUUGGUAUGUUUGGUGAUGAAUUUAACUGGAAAGACUGGGCUAGAAACAUCAAGGGUUUUGGACUUCCAUGA